GUGGUUUGGGGGUGGGCACACAGGGCCCUGUCGAUGCCUCCAUCCCCCCGCCAAAGGGGCUGUGAUGCCAGUGCAGUUGAGGGGUGAGGAUGCCCUGACCAUCCCUGCCUGCUCCCUGCUCACUCCUGCCAGCUCCGCUGCCCCAGGCCCAAAACCACAGCAGAGGUGCAGGCAGCAGCUUUGGGGAGGGACUGGGGCAGGAAUGCCUUGAGUCUGAGGGGAACAACACACAGCCCUGGGAGAAGCCUGGCUCAGCAGCCUCCGGAAGGAAGGGUAAACCCCCAAAUCACCUGGUGCAUUCAGGGCAGGACCUGAGUAGCAAGGCAGUGGAUGCAGGAGGGAUCCAUCCCUCACUUGCACCUGGGUUUGGAGCGAGUCCUUCCCCAGUGUGGCUGGGAGCAAACCUCCCCCAGAGGGGUCAGUAAUGGCAGCCCUGGGGGGGACCAAUGCCAUCCCCGGGGGACUGAACAUCCCCAGGGUACCAACUGCAUCCUGGAGAUACCAGCUGCAUCCCUGGGGGUACCAAUUGCAUCCCUGGGGGACUGAUAACAUCCAUGGAGGACUGAAGGCAGCCCUGGGGGACUGAUGACAGCUUGGCUGCCCCUGUGCCCAGGGAGACUCCGCUGCCCCAGCCCAGCCCCCCCUGUGUCACUGAGGGACCCCAGGACACCGCUGGGUGCUGGGGGCAGUGGCACUGGCCGAGCACUGGGACUGUCCUCACGGAGACGGCCCCACAAAACACAUCCCUCUCCCAGAGCCGAUGGCUCCCGGGGGAGAAGAGAGGCAGAAGGGAAUUACCCGAGCGGGGAUUUGCACAGGCCCAGGAGAUUGGAAAUAACCAUAAUCUGGCCGUGGGGGUUAUUUUGGUGAGGCGGCGCCUGCCCAGCGCCCUCGAGAGCAGCGCCGGGCUGAGCCCGGCCGGGGGGUGCGGGGCUGCGGCGAGGAUUAGAGGGUGCAGAGAUGCCGGGAGGCACGUACGAGUCCCGGGGGUGCCCUGCGUCCCCCCCCGGCGUGCGUGGGGAGGGUAGAGCCAGCGCAGAUCUGGGGCAGCUGGAAAAUGAGGAGGACGAAGCCUAUUAGCAGCUCAGUGCCAGCGAAGCAGAAGCAGGGAGGGAAGCGGAUUUGCGGGGGGAAGGGGGCCGGGACCUUGAGCUGGGGAUGGCUAUAUCGGUCCUGGGUUUCAGAGGAGCUGCUGGGGGGAUGGGGAGGGCCCACACCCUCUGCUUGGUCCAGCUCUGUGGCAGGAGAGCAUCCACAGCUGCAGGGGAUGGGGAUGGUCCUUGUGCAAAGGGUGUCCCUGUCCCGGUGCACACACCGGUUGAAGAGUAAAGGGAAUGAUUCCAAAACAGGGUCCUGGGCAGGCUGGUGCACAAACAUCCUGUGCUCUCCCGGCUCCAAGGCCUUUCCUACUCUGUCUUGUGCUGCUGGAGGGGAUGGGGGAGCAGAUGGGGGUACCCCACACCCUGUGUGAGCCGUCUUGGGGACCUCUCUGAGGUGGAAGUGUCCUUGCAGGGGCUGCAGGAAGGGCUGAGCUGCCGCCCAAAUCGAGGUGAUCCCGUGCAAGAUCUGCGGAGACAAGUCCUCAGGGAUCCACUACGGUGUCAUCACCUGCGAGGGCUGCAAGGGUUUUUUCCGGAGGAGCCAGCAGAACAACGCCAGCUACUCCUGCUCCCGGCAGAGGAACUGCCUGAUCGACCGCACCAACCGCAACCGCUGCCAGCACUGCCGCCUGCAGAAAUGCCUGGCGCUGGGCAUGUCCCGCGACGCGGUGAAGUUCGGCCGCAUGUCCAAGAAGCAGCGGGACAGCCUCUACGCCGAGGUGCAGAAGCACCAGCAGAGCCAGGAGCAGAGCGGGGGCACCAAGGAUGAGCCCGAGCCCCUGAGCCGCGUCUACACCACGAGCGUGAGCAGCGGGCUCUCGGACCUGGACGACAUCUCCACGCUGUCCGACGGGCUCCUCUUCGACUUCCCCCUCACCCCCGACGGCAGCAGCACCUACUACAACCUGGACCUGCUGGCCUCGGCACAGCCCUCGCCCGACCAGUCCAGCCUGGACGUGGCCGACGCCACGCUCAUCAAACAGGAGUCCAUCUAUGAGCUGAUGCUGGAGCCGGCCCUGUUCGCCCACGGGGCGCUGGUGGGGGGGCAGCUGCCCCCUGACAUCUCCGUGCUGGAGAUCGACCGGGUGGCCCAGAACGUGGUGAAGUCUCACCUGGAGACGUGCCAGUACACGACGGAGGAGCUCAAGCGCCUGGCCUGGAGCCUCUACUCCCCCGAGGAGGUCCGUGCCCUGCAGAGCAAGAGCUGCGAGGCCAUGUGGCAGCAGUGCUCGCUGCAGAUCUCCAACGCCAUCCAGUACGUGGUGGAGUUCGCCAAGCGCAUCGACGGCUUCAUGGAGCUCUGCCAGAACGACCAGAUCAUCCUCCUGAAAGCCGGUUGCCUCGAGGUGCUCCUGAUCCGCAUGAUCCGUGCGUUCAACCCCCUGAACAACACCGUGCUCUUCGAGGGGAAGUUUGGCGGGAUGCAGGUGUUCAAGUCACUCGGCUGUGACGAUCUCAUUGGAGCCAUCUUCGAGCUGGGGAGGACCCUGUGCCGCCUGCAGCUGUCGGACGAGGAGCUCGCCCUGUUCACCGCCGCCGUCCUGCUCUCCCCAGAUCGCCCCUGGCUGACUGAGUCCAAGAAGGUGCAGAAGCUGCAGGACAAGAUCUACGUGGCCCUGCAGCACGAGAUCCAGAAGAAACACUCCGCCGAGGACAAGCUCUCAAAGAUGGUUUCCAAGCUGCCCUUGAUGAAGACCAUUUGCAACCUGCACUUGGACAAGCUGGAAUUUUUCCGCCUCCUGCACCCGGAGACUGCCAUGAACUUCCCUCCCCUGUACAAGGAGGUUUUCAACUCGGAGCUGCAGUACAGCGACCCUCGCGAGAGCUAAGGCCGGGAGCCACCUCGAGGCCCUUCAAGCCCCCCAAAAUUUGGAGACGAACUGCACUUCAGAGGUUGGGGGCAGUUUAUUUAAAUCAAGUCAAUCAAACUCAAGAGAAGCCGGGGGGGCUGCGGGUGCCCCCAGCCCCGUGGCCCCGCCGUGGAUCGCAAUAGCUCUUGAAUGUAAAGCACCUUGAAGGAAAAAGCAAAUGGACUUUGCCAUACCAGUGAAAUGAAUGUGAAAUCUCUGCUGGGGAGGGGAGAUGCUCCUGGCAGUCCUGCUGUCCUGGCUGCACUCUCCACCUCUGAUUUUUUUUUUUUUAAUUAUUGUUUUUUUGUUGUUUUGGUUUUUUUUACCCAAACACAAGACAUGGGAUAAAGAAGGGGCGAUGCUGACUCGGCUGGGUGGGGUGGGCUGGAGCUGAUGAGAGGGAAAAGGGAGAGCCUUUGGUUUAUUCCUUCUCCCAGGGGUGCAGUGAGCCCAUAGGAGCUUGGCUGAGAAAGACCCGGCUGUGGCUGGGGGAGAAUUCAGCACAAGAUGUUCCCGUGGAUGAGGCUGGUGCGAGGGAAGGGACGCCCAACACCACAGGGAAAAAGCUCUGCAGGGCCUCCGUGUCCUCCAUCACAGCAUUUCCCCAAAUGCCCGGCCAACUCCCCACCCAGCUGGGCUUUUUGGAGCUGAUUUGGCAGGUCCACCUGCCUCGUGCCACCUUUCCACACCCCCAGUGCUUUUCCCAGCCCGUGUGACUGCAGCCAGAGCCCGGCUCCAGCUGCUUCACCCCGGCGGUGCCGAGCGGUGCCGGGGGUGUCUCUGUCCCCACAGUGGUGGCUCUCUGGGUGCUGGUGUUGUCUCAUCGAGCCCAUUAAAAUUUCCCCGUGGCUCAGCACCUAGAGGAGGGUUUGAGGCCCUUCCUCCACCCACCCCCAUCCCGUUGCCGGGUCCCCCCUUCCCACACCGGCACCGCCGGGAGCACGGACGCGGCUGCUCUUGCAGGUUGAGCUGGACCCAGGCUCUUCCCCCCAAGGAGCUCCUUAGACCUGUUAUUUUUGGGCUUGUUCUCUAUUUAGCAAGAUUUAGGAGCUUUUCAGGGGGAGAAACUGCCCGUUGGGGUCAAGGGGAAGCGUAAGGUCCUUAUUCCUUCCCUUCAAGGAAUUAGGGUCAUGGGAAGGAAUGUGGUGUGGCCGGGACCUGCUGCUCCAAGCUCGGGAGGCUCAAAGGUGACAAAGGGAAGGAUUUGUGGGGUGAUGCUGUGAUAGUCCUCGGCAGUGGGAACACUUGAGAGACUCUGUGGCUCUGCAGAUGGUUUUUUCCGUCCCUGUUCCUGCUCCUCCUGCAGCAAAUGCCAAAAACUACAAGGGAAAACCCUGUUCCGAGGCAGCCCCAGUUUCUGCUGACAAAGGGCUAAAACCCCAAGCCCCUUCCUGCUUCGUGCUGAUCCCUCGUGCUCCCAACCCCCUCCUGCAGCAGUUUGGACCAUCUCUGAGUGGGAACCAGAGACCUUCAGCUCCACAAUUGCACCCCUUGAACUCAAGGAGCAGCUCUCUCAGCGUUGUCAGGGACGUUCAUGCUUUUGGGUGAAAGAUCUAGGGAAGAGCACGGACCAACCUCGACCCGGGAAGAGUCACCGGUGGGAUUCCUGCCUCAACCUAAGGGAAAUGUGGGGGCUGUGCAGGGUUUGAGAACCACAUCUGAACUGCUCCUUGGAGGAGAUCAGAGCCCUCUCCAGCGCUGUUGGAGCCCAGGAAUCUGGGAAAGGCUGCCAACCCUCCCACGGCCCCACGUGAGUGCCAAUGCGUCGUCCUCGUCCGCCGGGCUGGGGACGUGCCCCGCUGGUUUCCCGCCCUCUCAGCUCCUCAAGCUUUGACAGAAGUGAGAAGUCAGCGCUGCCUUUUACAUCCAGAGGGUUGUGCCUUUUUUUUGGGAGCAUCAGCACCGGGAGAAGCGCCCUAUGGAAACGACUGUGCUUUGCAGCUCGCCCUCGGCGCGGCGGGACGGCGGCGCCGCCUUUCUCAGAGGGACACGGGUCUUCUGAAGUAUUUGGGGGAAAAAGGAGAAAAAAGAAAAAAAAAGAAAA